CGGGAGGCGGGGCCUCACGCGGAAGGCGCGCGUUGAUUGGCCGUCCGCUCCGGGGAGGGCGGAGCCUCACCCCUCUCCCCCGUUUCGGUGGGCGGGGCCGCGUCGUGGCCGGAACCGGAAGUGCCGCAGUGCCAACAUGGCGGCGCCGGCGGCGGCGGGGGACGGGGGCGGCUCCGUCGGCACCGCCGGGCCCACGAACGUGUCGUGGCGGGUGAAGUACGCCAGCCUGGGGGUGCUGGUGCUGCAGAACGCGUCGCUGGUGCUGAGCAUCCGCUACGUGAGGACCCUGCCCGGGGACAGGUUCCUGCCCAGCACGGCCGUGGUGAUGGCUGAGGUGAUGAAGGGCAGCGCCUGCCUCCUCCUCCUCCUCAUCCAGCACAAAGGCAGUGUCCGGCAGACGGCGGUGACGCUGCACGAGGCGGUUUGGGGGCAGUUUGGGGACACCCUGCGCCUGGCCGUGCCCUCCCUCAUCUACACCCUGCAGAACAACCUGCAGUACGUGGCCAUCUCCAACCUGCCCGCGGCCACCUUCCAGGUGACGUACCAGCUGAAGAUCCUGACCACGGCCCUGUUCUCUGUCCUCCUCCUGGGCACGUCGCUGUCCCGCCUGCAGUGGCUGUCCCUGGCGCUGCUCUUCGCGGGCGUGGCCCUGGUCCAGGCCGAGGGCGCCCGUGGCGCGGGGGGCGCGGGGGGGGCGGCCCUGGCGCCCUCGGUGCCCCCCGAGGGGCCCCCCCAGAGCUACGCCGUGGGGCUGGCGGCCGUGGCCGCCUCCUGCCUGUCCUCGGGCUUCGCCGGCGUCUACUUCGAGCGGCUGCUCAAGCGCUCGGGCGGCUCCAUCUGGGUGCGCAACGUGCAGCUGGGCGCCGUGGGCACGGCCGUGGGGCUGGGGGCCAUGCUGGCCGCCGAGGGCUCCUCCGUGGCCGCCCUGGGCUUCUUCUACGGCUACAACGGCGCCGUGUGGGCCGUGGUGGUGAACCAGGCGGCCGGGGGGCUGCUGGUGGCCGUGGUGGUGCGCUACGCCGACAACAUCCUCAAGGGCUUCGCCACCGCCCUGUCCAUCGUGGCCUCCACGGCCGCCUCGGCCCAGCUCUUCGGCUUCCGCCCCCGCGGGCCCUUCCUGGCCGGCACCGCCAUGGUGCUGGUGGCCGUCUGCCUCUACGGGCGGCCCCGCGGCCACGACAGAGGGGGACACGCCGGGGACAAGUCUCCCGACAAGGACAAGGGCACCUGAUGGCACCGACCGACCCCCCCGGCCCUAUAGGGGCCAUAUGGACCCCCAGGUCCCUAUAGGAGCCAUAACCCCUCCCCCUGGGCUCUAUAGGGACCAUAUGGGCCCCCCUGGGCUCUAUAGGAACCAUGUGCCCUCCCCCCACCCCCCCAGUCCCUAUAGAGUGUGGACACGCUCCACUCCCCCCUCCAGACCCUAUACCACCCAUAUGGACCCUUCCCUACCCCCCAGUCCCUAUAGAGACCAUAUGGACCCCCCCGGGCUAUAGGGACUGGUCGGGCUCCCCUCCCCCUCCCUUCCCUAUAGGGGCCAUAUGGACCCUCCCCAGUCCCUAUAGAGACCAUAUGGCCCCCCCCGGGGCUAUAGGGACUGGUGGGACCCAGUCCCUAUAGGGGCCGUAUGGGCCUUCCCUCCCUCCCGAAUCUCGCGUUAAAAAUCCCUUUUUUCCCACGUGAAUUUCGAGGAUUUCGG